UAUGGAGGGAGUAUCUAAUGGUACCAUAAUUAAAACUUCGAUGGUUAAUGGUACUAUAUAUGAUUCUAAUGGUACUCAAAAUACCGCUCAUACAUACCUGAUAUGUAUGAGGUUCAUACCACACGAAUGUGUACCAACACUUAGCGUUAAAGUGUUUUUUUCUUAGUUUGCCCCACCCGAUUCACUACUUAGCGUUAAAGUGUUUUUUUUUUAGUUUGCCCCACCCGAUUCACUGGAGUUUAGCUCCAACUACAUCUAGAUUUGGCCCAAGUUGUACACCUGACUAAUGGUGGGUGAGUGUUCUAACAAGAGUUUUCUACAUUCGGUGAGACUCGAAUUCGAGACCUCUCUUAAACGACAUCAAACUGCUUACCAUUUGAGCCAACUUUUAUUGAAUACUUAGCGUUAAAAUUGCUUUAACAAAUAACAAGAAUCCCCCAUGCAUAACUUUUUCCUUACAUGUUUAUUGAUAAUAAUCGUCCCUCAAAUGAAAUACCGAGUGCAAUUUAGAAAGAAAUAAAAUAAAAUUAUACUUUAAAACUUGAAUUUUUGUUUAAAGGGAAGUUACUUUGAAAUUUCAAUUUAGAAAAGAAUCAAUUUAAAUCAGUAAAAAAACAGCUUUAGGUUAAAAUAAAUCCCACAUGACAUAAUCUAAAAAUAAAAAAUAAAUACAUCUACAUUAUUACAUCUUUUCAUAUGGUCCACAAAUAUACACUCCACUCUCUACUCUACCCUACACGCGGAGUAUAUUAGAUGCCACACACCCCUUCAAUUUACAGACUUACAGUAACUCCCAACUCAUUUUCACUUUCUCUCUCCUCAAGCACCCCCUCUUUCUCUCUCUAAAAACACACAAAAAUGGUGGAAACUGAAGUAGCUGCACUCAUCGCACCAUGGCUAACCCCAACCUCACUCUUCGUCCUCCUCAACAUCGUCCUCGCCACCAUCUUCUUAGCCAAUAACAAGCACCCCUCCAAAACCAAAGACGACGACACCGACGGCGACUACCACAACAACAAUAAUAAGUCUGGUAAUACUAGUGACCAUCAUUAUCAUCAUAAUCAGUACGAUUAUUACCAGAAUAACCAGCGAUACGAGUACGAGGGCGCGUCGCUUGUUCCGCCACCGCCGCAGCUUGUCCGUGCGCCGUCGCUAUUUUCCCGUGUUGCUUCUUUUAAUUUCUCCAAUUUUUAUUCUGAAGCGCAACCUCCGUCAUCGGAUGCGGCGGAUCAGACGGUGACGAUGACACGUGCGCCAUCGCUGCUCUACCGUGUGACGUCAUUCAACUUUUCCCGCUCUCCUGCCCCGCAGAAGGCGGUGGAGGAGGAGUCACGUGACCAGAGUCAGGAUCACGUGAUGAGAGAGAAUCAAAAAGAGGUGGUAGAAAAGGACAAGGACAAAGAGGUAAAGGUUAAGAAAAAGAAGGCGAAAAAAGAAGUUAAUUCUGAGGUUAAAAAAGAAAUUACUGCGGUUAAAAAAGAAGUUACUGCGGUAAAAAAGGAGGUGGAGAAGGAAACGACGUCGUCGAAGCGGCUUGAAGAAGAAGUGGAUUCAAAAGCGGAUGAUUUUAUUCAUAAGUUCAAACAACAGCUAAAGUUACAGCGGUUAGAAUCACUCUUACGUUACCGGAAUAAUCCUACUCCAACAGCUGCUUGAACACUAUUUUUACUAUUAGGGUGUUAUUUUUACUGUCUUAUUGUUGUUGUUGUACUAUUAUUAGGGUUAGUUUAGGGUAUUUUAACUUUGGUGUAGUGAUUUUUUUUAGUGUUUUUUUACUAGUUACUGCGUUAUUUAGGCCUUUUUUUUUUUAAUUUUUAUUUUUAAUACUACUCUGUACUGUAUAUUGGCCACAUUACAUGGGUUAUUGUGUAGGUGUGGUUUAUAUAUGGUCAUUUUCAGGUUAUGUUCAGAGAAAAAGUAAUUUCUUUAUAUAUUGGCCACUCCUAAUGUGAAUAAGACAAUAAUCACAAUUUAAUAAGUGAAUAGUUUUAUGGUUA